GACGGUUCCCGAUUGAGACGUGACGUGGUCUAAACGAGAGUUGAGAGAAAGAUGGCGGCCUCCAGUACUAUGAAAACGAAACACCUGUCAAAAUUUGCUGUUGACUUCUUAAAUGACAAUUUCUCUGACGAUGUCAAGUCACUUUCUGGUGUUAAGGAUAUAUUUACAAAAAUGAAAGAUUCGAAAGAGAGUUUGGAAAGUCAGCUGUCCCUAGCCAGUAGUGAAAUACCUAGUGAAGUAGACUUAGCUGUGAGUAAUGUUGAGACUGCCCAGAUUGCUAUCCGACGGCUCCAAGGGGAGAAGGAGAGUCUACACCACAAUGUCAAGGACCAAACCCAUAGCCUCCAGCCAAUGGUCAGUGAUGUCACCUCACUGAUAGAACAGGUCCAACACCUUCAGAAAUACAUCAAGUACCUGUCCUUCAUCACCAAAGUAGAGCACCUAAGUUCUGAUAUACAGACCAGUAUUCUAACAGAUGGUUUUGAGAUAUCUGUAGAAAGUUUUCACGAGCUCAAAAGAGUGUAUACAGACCUCCAGGAAACUGACUGUAAACACCUUCUCAAGUUUACCAGCGAGACCAUUAACUUCUGGCACAAAAUCCUGAAGAACAAGUUAGCGAGUCAGUUUGAGGAUGUGCUGAAGAGCCUGGGUUGGCCAUUUGUAGGCACAUCCCUGAAGACUCCACCCUCACAGAGUCCUGAGCUACGUGCCCAUAUGGAGACCUUGUUUUCCCAACUUCUUCUCAUACAGCUGCCAGAUGGCCUGAGAGACACAGCUCAGCGGUCAGAGGAAAGUCUGGAUAACCAGCCCCUUCUUCUUCCCCUCCAACUCAUGGUCAAAUCUUUCCGCAAACGAUUCAGGUUCCAUUUCUAUGGCAGCCGACAGACAAACAGUAUUGAUAAGCCUGAAUGGUAUUUUGCCCAAGUCUUGGGUUGGAUACGUGACCACACCCAUUUCCUGGACCAGAGAGUACAGCCAAUACUGUCCAAGACUGGACAUGAAACUGUCAGUGCAAAGGUUGAAUUCAUGAGAGGGAUGGUUGCCUUGGUAACUGAGAAGAUGACCAAUGACUUACCUGAUACCAUGUACGAUGAACACACAUUCUCUCACCUGGUGGAUGAGGCAAUAUUGUUUGACAGAGAGCUAAAGGAUGGCUACAGCUAUCCUCUUGGUUUGCCAUGCUGCCUCAGUGUUCUUACACUCCCCCGAGCCUUCCACAAGUGGAUUAUGGUAGAGAAACAGUUUGCUGGUGCCAAGAUGGAUGUCACGCUAGCCUCGCCGUCUGCCUGGCAGUCCCAGUACAAGGAUAUAGCAGACGUAGAUGAACUGAAAGUUCCCGAAUGUGGAGAGAGCUUCAUCACACUAAUGUUGACCAUAACAGAUCGCUACAAAGGUUUGCCCUCAGUCAUCCACAAAGUACGCUUCCUGAAAUUACAGCUCCACCUUCUGGAGGACUUUAGAAUUCGUCUGGUACAGGUGAUGCAGGGCGUUAUCCAUGACCCGCUGUGUGACAUCUUCUGUGCCAUCAUCAAUGCUGCCUACUAUGUGACAGAGGUCCUACAGGAGUGGUGUAAUCUGCCUUUCUUCCUGCAGAUACAGUACCAGCAUCUUACACUAGAACCCGACACGUCAACACAACCAUCAGCCUCAGUCUCCAGUCCUGCCACACAGUCCAGUCCGGUCACACAGUCCAGUCCGACAUCUGUAUCAAGUCCGUCCAUCUUGACCACAGCAUCCAGCCCUUCGUCUGACCUCAGCCUGUACGAAGGUUUGGAGGAUGUGGCUGAAGAGUUGGAAACUAGCUUGUUUGAGGAGGCUAUAGACACGUUCAACCAACUCAAGACAGAGAUGCUGAAGAACAUUGUCAAGUGCAUAGUAUUGGAUGUACAGUCACGUAGUCAGGCAUAUAGGAAAGACAGGUGGCUAUUGUUGUCAAGUCAGAAGGAAACAAGUUUAACACUGUCGUCUUCGGCCUGUGAGAUGUUGCUCGUACUGAAAGAUCAUUUGACACACAUACAGGCUCAACUCAGUAAACCACUCUUCACAUUGGCAUGGCAACGCUUGACAGACAAACUUGACAAGUUCAUGUUAGAAGAGGUUAUACUACAAAACAGAUUCAAUGACGGAGGAGCCUCACAGCUGGAGUUUGAUAUGACAAGAAACUUGUUUCCUUUGUUUGGGGAGUUUACAAACAAACCAGAGAAUUACUUUAGGCAAGUAAAUGAAGCUAUUAAACUCCUCACUAUGGAGACUGGAACAUCUCUACUGAUGAAGGAAGUGUUGAUCCAUGAAAGCAGCCCCACCCCAGGGAAGGACUCCAGUGUCUAUAAUGCAUUACAUGAAAUAGGAAUAUUUAAGUUGACGCCACAAACAUGCAGAGUGCUGUUAGACAUCAAAGUCAAUUCAUGAAAAGAAAACUUGCGUUGUAAUGAACACAGACGCCGAGUCAAACCAUAUUUACCAUAGGAAAUGUCUCUGGAACUUCACAAUUUAAACAAAUUUAUGGUUCGAAGUAGUGAUGGGCUGUUGAUCGAUUAUAAUCGAAAACUGAUCAGUUUGCCCUUUCUAAUUCCAGUCAUCGUUUACAAAUCUUAUUAUCGAUAUAAUUGGUUCUUCAUUAAAAUAAAAGUGUUUUCAAUGUAAAAAAGUAUUUGAAAGUCAAAUGAUAAAACUGCAUAAAAAUUGCUUGAAAUCCAUUCAUAAUAAAUGAACGAAGCAUAGUGUAAAGUUAACAACUCCAUCUAUUGAUGUCAUGGUAGUGUUCUCAUUUUGUUUGGUUAUUCAGUCCUAUAAAGUUAUGAACUGAUUAUGCAAUCGAUCUUCGAUAGGUUUUCUACUUCCGAUUACAAACCAAUUAACGAUUAUGAUUUUAAACUGAUUGCCCAUCACUAGGUCGAACGGAAUUUAACGAUAGCAACAAAUUCUUUGCGGGAAGUCUAUUUUUUUCACUGGAAAUGCAAUCCAUAGAAAAAUCAUCUUAGAAACUGACCUGUUGUAUAGAAUUAGUACAACAUUAACAUCAGGAUUGGUCCAGUAAUUCAACUGCUGGUAUCGUUCCUAGUACCAGCUUGAUUUUUUCAGGGAUAUUUUCUCCAACCAAAUUUGGAAGUCUUCAUUGAAAAAUCAGAAAAGUUCUCUCAGAUAGUAAUCCCCUGCUAGAGAGGAUGCUAGAAGUGACUUAAACAGAUCGACCCACUUAUAAAUUGGAAUAAAAGGAAAAUGUGGGUCUGUAUUUUUUUUCUAAUCAGAAAGUUGAUACUGUAGUUGCACUUAAUGGAGGAGGGGCAUCUAUUAUGGUGAAUAUGGAAAUUUAUGAUAUUAAGGAAAAGAGAGGCUGAAAUUCAUGUCAUGAAAAGUAGGUUUUUCUUCCAAAGAUCUUUAUGGCUGUGUAUCCAAAUAAUGUGCAAUGCAAUUGUAAUUGUUUACAGCAAAUAUGCUUACAGUCAAUAAUGAUUAUGUCUUACCGAUAUAUAUAUUCAGAGUGAAAUCGUUACCUUGUUAUAUACAUUGUGUCAUGGUAUACCAGUGCCACUACCCAGCUUUGUUCAUCUAGUAACAACUAAUAUGAUUGUCCAACUAUCCAGCCUUGAUUAAUCUGGUUGUCUGACUAGCCAUGCCAGCCACCACUAAUAUGGUUGUUCAAUGGUUACAUAAAUGUUUUGGGAAACAGAUUUUCCUCUUUUUCUAUGCAAUCUGUUCCUGUAAUCUAGUUGUAUUAUAACUUAUAAAAUCUGAGAAUAAAGAUGAUUUAAUUUGGCUCUGUUGCAAACCUGGAUAAAGUUUAUGUUUUUUAACUUCCUUUAUAAAGGACUGUUAAUUACCAGAAUGGUGUUGACACUGAAAAGGCCGGCUACACUUCAGUAAAGCAUCUGGCCAUACUAUAGCCAUCAUCUGGAUUUUGUAUUUUAAUACAUGUAAUAAGAUAGGUGUAGGAAAAUAUAUACAUGUUAUAGUUAUGUACACAUCAUGUUCCAAACAGACUGAUCAGCCGAGAGUUGUCUCGUUUAUGAAACAAGACCUUGUUAAUACAUCUUUUAAAGAUGAGAAGGACAGGAUUAGCCUUUACGGCUUGCGUUCUACACUUUAUGUAGAUGAAUCGGUAGUGCUGAAUCAAUAAAAAGGUUACUGUAGUGCUGGGAUUGGGUUAUCUUAUUGACAAACAGAAAUUUUGUGAAGGUGUUUGUAUUAUAAAUCUGUGUGCUUGGUGUAUGGAGUUAAAAAAGGUGCUCUAUGUGAUAUUUAAAUUAUACCUUUUAGUUAUUGAUAAUUGUAUGUGAAUUGAAAUGCGUCACAUAAUCUUAAUAAAUAUUUUUUAAUUG